AUGUCUAACCUGUGCUUUGAACCUUUAAUCAAAGCACUAUCCGAUCAUGUUGUAAAUAACGAAAUUUCUAAAAUACGCACAAGCCUUAAUGAGGAAACUAAAGAUGUAACUAAAGAUAAACCAGUUAUUGGAGAGAAGAGGGCUUGGUCCAAAGAGAUAAAUGGCCAGGGUGUCAAGCAGCUUGUGACUAAAUGCAAAAAUGUGGAAGAUUCGCUUGAGCAACUCAAGAAAAAUGCUGAGAUAAACGAUAAGAAAGGAGUGUUGUUUCUCGAUGGCGGCAUAUUAACGAAAAUGACGGAAAACCUGCACAGCGUUCCUGGACGUAUUUCAGAACUGGGAAGAGAUGAAGUGAAUGUGCCCUUCAAUCAAGAAAAAGCGAGACUGUUAAAUGAGUUUAGAACUGUGAUUGAUAAUGAAUUCAAGAAGAGUUUGGAAGUCAUGAAGAACUCUGUGCUCACGUUUCUUGAAAAAGAUGAGACGAAACAACGUGUUGCUAUACUGCAUGAUGAUAUUCGUGAUGAACGGCAGAAUUUGAACAAACUGGAAAUGGGGAAUGAUGUUCUGAAUGAAGAUUUGAAAAGGAAAAUGCUGAUGCUGGAUGCUUUGAAAAGGGAAAGACAAGAGGUGGUCGCUAUAAAUAAAUCUCUAACCGAACAGAGACAAAUUGCUCAUGGCACUCGUGUUGAGGCUGAAAAAAAGCUUCAGGAAGUUCGAGAGUCUUUGGCUAAAGUACUCGAAGAGCAGAGUGAGAUGAAUCAACUACUGAACUCUCUCACAGAAAAUAAGAAAAGAAAUCGAACAGCAGUAAAGCUGAAAUGGAUAAAAACAAAAAGAACGAUUCUGUUCUUCAACAGCUAUGCGCCAGCUUUACAAGUUUUUCUAACUGAGUUACAACAACUGAAUAAGCUGAACGAUCUUAGAACUAUGUACAAAGACAGUACCACCAAACUCACAUUGUGUCAGAGCCAGUGUUCACAAAUCAAUGAUGAUAUCGAAGACAGAUGUAAUAGGAUUGACGCUACAACUAACAACCUCAAUGAUUUACGAACUGAUUCAAAAGUGAAACUGGAUGCUUUACACACUCUUAUCGAACAGAAAACCAAUUCAUACUGCGAUUUAACGAUGAAAUGUGAUGAAAUGAGAGCAGAAAUUGCACGAUUGUUAGACGAAAUAAAGAUUCUCGAAGAACAGGCUCUGGCUCACGAAGAAGUUCAUGAGUCUCCUGUUAAAAUUGUGCAAACUUCUCCAAUUAGAUUGAGAAUUCCGAUCGCCAAGAUUGCUCCACCGGUGCCUCCAAAGAGAAAUCUCAGUCAGGGUUAUGCUAUGGACGGCAAUGAGACAAUAAUGACAUCAGAUGAUGAUGAAGAAGAAGACAUUUUCUUUGAAACAAAAACACCAGUGCUCUCUCAAUUGAACCUUUUCUUACUCAUUAUCCGUUUCAACACACGUAAGAAUUUCGAACCGAUAAUCUACAACCAAGAUUUAAACGAAACCGUUAUGACCUCUGAUGAUGAUGAGGAUCUUUUCCUGGAGGCUCCUCAAGGAAAACCUAUUUUCCAAAAUGUUCCGGCCUUAAAGAAUCAGAUUGGUGAGUGUAUUUCUGUUUGA